AUGGAGAUCCUGCACGACCAGCAAGUGCCUUUCAUUAACUCACAUGGAAAGGCGUCCAGCAGCAGAGCAGCAAAAGACAAGAAAAGAAAAUUCAUUAACUCUGACCUGGCUUUGGACACUGAGGAGCUCUUUCAAGAUCUCAGCCAACUUCAGGAGACCUGGCUAGCAGAAGCUCAGGUUCCGGACAACGAUGAGCAGUUUGUUCCCGACUUCCAGAGUGAAAACUUGGCGUUCCACGGGCUGCAGUUGAGGAUCAAGCGGGAGCCCCACAGCCCGUGUGCUGAGCUGGGUUCAGCCUGCAGCCAAGAGAGGCCCUUCAAGCUCCACUAUGGAGAGAAGUGCCUCUAUAAUAUCAGUGCCUAUGAGCAGAAACAUCCAGCGGGAAUGAAAACCUCCAGCCCAGCUACGACCCCCUGCAGCACACCAGUGUCCCCCCAUCAGCAUGUGUCUCCCAGUGCUGCCCCCACUCCCAAACCAGACAGGACAUACCCUCACCUCGCUCCUCCACAGCCCCUCCCUGACAGCGCGUACUCUAUGGACCACAGGUUUCGGCGUCAGUUGUCAGAGCCGUGCCAUUCAUUCCCUUCUCCGCCCUCCAUGACGCCGGAUGGGCGACCUAUGUAUCACAGACAGAUGUCCGAACCCAGCAUUCCCUUUCCCUCUCAAGGGUUCAAGCAGGAAUACUCGGACCACCUCUUUGAACAUCCGGUCAUGAUGGGGGCCCCUGUCCCCCAGUCGUACCCCCACUCUAUGAUGAUCAAGCAAGAGCCACGAGAUUUCACCUACGAUUCAGAAGUGCCUAGCUGCCACUCUGUUUACCUGAGGCAAGAGGGAUAUUUGGCUCAUGCAAACAGAACUGAAGGUUGCAUGUUUGACAAAGUUGCCAGGCACUUCUAUGAUGACACUUGCGUGGUUCCAGAAAAGAUUGAAGGUGACAUAAAACAGGAGGCAGGGCUAUACCGCGAAGGCCCUACAUAUCAGAGGCGUGGCUCACUGCAACUCUGGCAGUUCCUGGUCGCUCUGCUAGAUGACCCUUCCAACUCACACUUCAUUGCAUGGACUGGCCGGGGCAUGGAGUUCAAACUGAUUGAACCUGAGGAGGUGGCGCGACGCUGGGGGAUCCAGAAAAAUCGCCCUGCCAUGAACUACGACAAACUCAGCCGCUCAUUACGCUACUAUUAUGAGAAGGGGAUCAUGCAAAAGGUGGCAGGUGAGAGAUACGUGUAUAAAUUUGUCUGCGACCCUGAGGCCUUGUUCUCCAUGGCCUUCCCUGACAAUCAGCGGCCUGUGCUGAAGACUGACAUGGAGAGGCAGAUCAACGAGGAGGACACGGUGCCACUGUCGCACUUUGACGAGGGCGUGUCAUACGUUCAGGAGGGCACCUACUGCAACCCUCACACGUACAGCGAGGGCUACGUCUACUAAUAACUGACACACACUGAGCUGCGGUGGCGGGACCUCCUCCGAUAGACUCUGACCUUUUCAGGCUUUCUCCCUGUUCCUCUUUCUGUCUGACGUCUCCGUCGUUUCCCCGGGACAAAGAGUGCACUUUAUGGACAGAGACGGGCAGCGUGUAAACCUACUGGCAGUAGUUACGGUAGUCGCUCCUUCGAUGUUUGUUUCUUUUUAAAAAUAAAAAAAUAAAUAAAAAGUGGGGGGGUACUGCAGCAUGCCAUAUUCGCACAGGUCAAACUCUCAAAGGGAACGGCCUGUUACUGGAAAGAUGUGUUCAUCUGUUUAGACUGGUUUCUAGUCUGGAGCACGUGGGUGAAUAAAUCUUAACCUCUUUUACUAAAAUCUCCUUUAAUUAUUUGUGGAGUGAUCAGUUAUUUCCACAUGUUUGCCCCCCUUGGUGUCAUAUUAAGUAACAGACUAAAGAUGCAGUGUAUUUCUAUGGAAUAAAAGCCUAUCAGCUCUCCACAGUGCAGUGAAACAAGCACGUCUGCGGCAAUUCAUAAUUUAAAGGGCAAGGCUCUUUAAAUUGCACUUAUCCUAUAUUAAUAAAUGGUUAAGUGCUAGCACAGAAGAACAACUGAUACCUGUGUAAUGUUACUUGUUCAAUCAAAUACAUCUAAACAUAGACAAAAUAAAGAGAAAUAAUGCAUUGGAACUGGAGUAAAUAUUCCCAAACACUAGCUGAUUUGAAAGCUGUUUUCAGCCCAUGUUCAUGUCAGUCAUGAGAUUUUAAAACUGGCUGAGUUUUGGAUUUGGAAGGGAAACUAAUGUUUAAUAAUUCAAUACAAAUACAAUAAAGACAAAUGUCCCCCACGCAUAGAUAAUAUGUACAUUUCUAUUAACAUUCCUGUUUUAUUGUUGAACUGAAACUUUUUAAUUUAUUAAGAAAAUCAUUUUUUAAAAAACUGAAUUCAAAACAGUCAAAGAGUCAAGAUUAAUGUUUCAUUUACCCACUACUCCAUAAUCAACAAAUUUAUGAAUAUGUAUAUUCAGGUUUAUACACAUUGAUGCUGCUUUUUCGUGUGAUUGGAUACAUGUAGUCAUUCCAUAUCAGAUGGCAGCUAUGCCCUGCAGUACGCUCAUUAUAGUUUUUGUCUUUUUUACAUCAGAAAAAUAAGUCAGUGUUUAUUGAAUGUAAAAAAUAUAUACAACAUUGAGAAGGACAUGGCAAUAGCUACACUUCUGUAAUAAAAUAGUGUUGAAAUACAAAUGAGUUGUCACCCCUCAAACAAUCUUAA